UAAAUAAGAAAAUAAAAAUUUUUUUGGGUAGAAAUUGGCCUUGGAUUGGUCUUUGGUUUUCUCCAUUUGUUAAGUGAAAAGAAAGUGGUGAAGUUUGGUAGAAAGAAAGAACGAAGAAGCAAUGGGUAUGAUCGGUGAGACCGUGGAUUCUAUCAAAUCUCUUCAGAUCCGUCAGGUCCUCACUCAGGGUGUUAGUCUUGGCAUGAUUGUUACGUCUGCACUGAUAAUAUGGAAGGCAUUGAUGUGCAUCACCGGCAGUGAAUCUCCUGUUGUUGUUGUUCUUUCUGGAAGUAUGGAACCGGGAUUCAAGCGGGGGGACAUCUUGUUCUUACACAUGAGUAAGGAACCGAUUCGCGCAGGGGAGAUUGUUGUAUUUAAUGUAGAUGGACGAGAGAUUCCAAUCGUUCAUCGUGUAAUUAAGGUACACGAAAGGGCUGAUAAUGGGGAGGUCGAUGUUCUCACAAAAGGAGAUAACAAUUACGGUGAUGACAGGCUUCUGUACGCCCAUGGUCAGCUUUGGCUGCAAAGGCACCACAUUAUGGGUAGAGCUGUCGGGUUCUUACCUUAUGUUGGCUGGGUGACAAUUAUCAUGACGGAAAAACCUAUCAUCAAGUAUAUUCUCAUUGGUGCUUUGGGGUUGCUCGUGAUAACUUCGAAAGAGUAAUGAUGAAUCUAAAUCAAGUUACGGUCUGACCUCCAAGAGUACUAUGAGCAAAUGUCAUGCUUUGUUUGAACUUGAAGGUGUCAUUUUGUACCAUUAACAGCAUAAUGUUAAGAAUUAAUACAAAGUAGUUGAAUUUUAUAA